AUCAUCUUCCCAACAUCUUCCGUUGCAGUACAGUGACCACAAUGAAUUCUCCAAUCUACAAGUUACAGCCACCUCCACUCCCCUCGACUGUCCUUGUCGCAAACAUACUGACCCUCGCGAACCUCGUAACACUAGGUUCUUGGUACCCAAUCUCGUCAACACUACCUACACCUUGAGACGGGAUGCCUCUGAGCGGAAAGAACUACCUUGAGGAUCCUCGAGGCGAUGCCCCGUACUUCAGGACGCUAGCCGAUCUGGACGAAUGGGCGAGCAAGCACCAUAACAAACUAGAUGGAUUAUUGCCUUACGUGAAGCGUCGCUCUGCUACAGAUGCGACGGUGCAGAGCAGAGGCAGACUCUUGGUGUGCCAUGACUACAAGGGUGGUUACACUGAAACACCCUUUGGCCUCGCCUACACGUUCAACUUCUGGAGUUAUUGUGAUACAUUCAUUUAUUUCUCCCACCACCGCGUGACAGUGCCUCCGGCAGGAUGGAUAAAUGCUGCCCAUAGACAAGGGGUGAAGAUACUUGGGACAUUAAUCUUUGAGCAUGACGCUGGACAGCAGGAUUGCUUACGACUUCUCGUGGGACGUCUGCCGAAGUCUAAGACAGGGUCUGCGGCACCUUCUGCGGACAACUCUCUUCCUCUGUCACCGCACUAUGCGAAGGUCCUCGCUGACUUGGCGUAUCAGCGAGGAUUCGACGGGUACCUUCUGAACGUAGAGGUUCCUCUGAUUGGUCGUGUCGAGCAGAGCAGGGCUCUAGCAGCUUGGAUCGGCAUCCUAGAGAGCGAGCUCAAGCGCAAAGUGGGCUCGCACGCACAUACUAUUUGGUAUGACAGCGUCGUUGUCACAGGUGAUCUUCGGUGGCAAGACAGAUUGAAUAAUUACAACCUUCCGUUCUUCCUACCUUCAUCUGGUUUCUUUACCAACUACACAUGGCGCCCCGACUACCCAUCGCUCACAGCACAAUACUUCUUCGCCCUCGAACCCUCCCUUAUGAGCAUUCCCAAAAGACUCCAGGACAUCUACGUCGGCAUCGACGUCUGGGGCCGCGGUCAACACGGCGGAGGUGGGUUCGGGUCUUACCGAUCCCUGGCUCACAUCGACCCAGAGUUCCUUGGGCUCAGUGUGGCACUCUUUGGGCCAGGCUGGUCCUGGGAAACCGAGCAGGACAAGCCCGGCUUCUCCUGGGAGACAUGGUGGGCGUACGAGCGCAAGCUCUGGCUCGGACCGCAGACGAGAGGCGAGGCCGUCGAGGUACCGCCGCACAAACCACGCGCGGGCGAGCCGGACUGCGAGCACGGCGAGUUCACCCCAAUCACUGCGUUUUUCCCUCGACAGGCCCCUCCCAACCCCAGAGAACUACCAUUCUUGACAUACUUUUCUCCCGGGGUGGGUUACGCGUGGUUUGUGGACGGCGCUCAAUUGUACCAGACAAAGGCCGGGUGGACAGACUUGGACAAGACAACAUCGCUGGGCGACCUCGUCUGGCCCCGGCCAGAGCUGCAAUGGGCCGACAACAAAGGGGAGCUGCCGCUACCUGCAGCGUCGACUUCGCUGAGUAUGACGGACGCAUGGCUCGGCGGCAGCUCGCUCCAAGUCGUACUGUCUUUGCCGGCGCAGGAACACGAGGACGCUGCCAGCCGGCGUGUUUGGAUACCUGUGCAAACGCUUGCUUUCACCCCUAACGUGUCCUACACCGUCAAUCUUGUGUACAAAGUAGCUCCGAACUCCCUCCCAGAUCUUGAAGUUGCGCCUUCAGUAAGGACUCUCGGGGAUUCUCCUCCGGUUUCCUUCGACAUCAAACAGAAGACACCGCAGAGCUCGGGCCUACAGCGUGGCUGGUCGACUUUCUCAGUAGACGUCAUAUUGUCGGGUGACCAUCCGACCGACGUUUUGGCAGCACUCGGGAUUGACAUCCGUUUCCGAGUUCCUGCAGCCGCCAUCGACGUCGAGAUCCUACUGGGACUCAUGAGCGUCCUUCCCACCCCUCUUACUCAAGCUCCCAGUGUCCACGCCCACCAACCGAAGAUUUUGUGGGCAGACUACGCGCUCCAGCCCAACAGAGUCGCUGAUGCGCAGUUCUCUGGCACCUUGUCGUGGGAGAUCGCUGCAUCACUUGGACCUAUGACAAGCACGGCGUUAUCCGGAGACCCCGAGGAUCCAAGACCGUUGUGGACGCUCAACGGGACCUUCCCGUCAUUCGCGUUCUUUAACGUCUACGUACAGGCGUAUCCAUCCGCCGGGAGCAUUGGUAGUCCAGAGAGCGCCAUCUGGAUUGGCACCACCGGCCUUGACGGAAGGCGGAAUGCGCUCCGAAUUGACCCCGCUUGUCUUCCGUCGACGGUGUCGGCUGCGAAGACAGUACGGUUCUACGUCCAGGGUGUGACUGAUCGUGGAACAGUUUUGACAUGGGACAAUUGUGUUUUUGUCGACGUCACCUCAGGCUGAUCUGUCCCGAUCAGCCCUUGCUGAGGUUCAUGGUAUUACUAUUGGUCACUUUUUGGCGGCAUGUUUAUCUCAGAUGUAGAGUCACAGAUAUGCAGAGACAUCUUGACGAUGUGGAU